AUGCACUUGGGAAAAGUACUAAAAUCAAAGAUUAGAUCAAAGGUGCAUCUGAAUAUUCAGGCCUUCGCCAAAACGAAAGCCCAAAAGGCCAUGACCGUCCAAAACCCAUAAUUCUCGUUUCUUUCUUUAUAUCACUUUCUCUGUCUAUCUUCCAUUUUUUUUUCUUUUCUGGAAUUUCUUUCUCUCUUGUGUAUAUACAUACUUUUGGGAAAAUGUUGAAGUUGUGGAAAUGGUACCAGAAUUGCUUGGCUGUCCACCCAGUUAAAACUCAGGUCAUCAGCUCAGCUAUCAUAUGGGGUGUUGGAGAUAUUGCUGCCCAAACCAUCACCUAUUCCACUGCCAAGAACAAGCGUCAAAUUCAGGGUAAAGAUAAGGAGCUGAAAAUCAAUUGGAAACGAGUGGCUGCAACCAGUUUGUUUGGGUUUGGAUUUGUUGGGCCAGUAGGCCACUUCUGGUAUGAAGGUUUGGACCGAUUUAUAAAGUUUCGACUUCUAAUGCAACCCAAAUCCUUUCGGUUCGUUGCUACUAAAGUUGCUCUUGAUGGGGUCAUUUUCGGCCCAUUGGAUCUACUCGUUUUUUUCACUUACAUGGGAUUUACAAAUGGAAAGAGUGUCCCUCAAAUCAAGGAAGAUGUGAAGAGGGAUUUUCUCCCAGCCUUGAUUUUGGAAGGAGGCAUAUGGCCAAUUCUUCAAGUUGCAAAUUUCCGAUACAUACCUGUGAGGUAUCAGCUUCUUUAUGUCAACUUCUUCUGCUUGGUGGAUAGCUGUUUUUUGUCAUGGGUUGAGCAACAACAGGAUGCUCCUUGGAAGCAAUGGUUGAAAUCUUUGCUACCUUUGAAGGACCAAAAAGGCCAGGGUGGGUGAUGGCUCUUCAACAGCUAUUUCAUCUUUCAUCCCUGACCUUGCUCAUCAUAGUGAAGAUACAUGUCAGAAAAGGUAAAGAGUUCACUGUGAACCCACCAAAAAGACCAAUUUAGCUUUUUAAAGUUGGGAUGUGGGAAGUAAUGAAAUUGUUCUCACACUGACCUGGUUUUCACUUGUAAUACCCAAAAAAAAAAAAAA